AUAAAGAAAAGAUUCGCUUAUAUCAUUGGCCUAUAUAGCUAUCCGUGCAAAUCAAAUUAAUUCCAAUGUGUACGUAAUCGUAUUCGCUAUUGUUUUUUCUUGGAAAAAUAUAAAAAUUGUCGUUUUAAUAAUCGUACAAACUUAUUUCAAAAACAAAUCGAACAAUUUUAUCGAUGUAUUCGGUGGUGAAAGUUGAAUCGGAAAGAUCGUAUCGUUUUGUGCCAAAAAUACGUAUAUGCAAAUAAUUUUCGGUUAAAGUGUUCAUGCUCGACGUCGAUUUCGCAGUUGUGUCAAAAUGACUAAUAAUAAAUGCAUACGUAAUGAAAGAAUAAGCCAAUAAUGGCCAUAUUAUUUUUUUAAAAAGGAGGAUUUUCAACAGGAUGAUCACAAAAACGUGAGUUUCUAUUGCUGCAAAGUAUAACGAAAAAAAGAUAAUACGUGCAAACAUUGGUCUAGAUUAAAACUGGAGAUCAUCUCGGUUGUAACGAGAAUCAUCACGUGAGGCUAAAUGUUUCGAAGGAGGUUUCGCCGCAUCACGAUAAGGAAUAAUCAAUAAUAUUUCAGAGAGGAAUAUUUUUGUUCAAGUAACGAAUUUCUAGAAUUUCUAGAAUCGCGAAAUAAAAAUUGGACAGAAAAUGAUUUUGCCUCUGUUGUAUACCGUGAUGUAUAUCUCGAUCAGUUUUGUUGAAUGCAUUCCGGAAUUGGAAUUAGUACAGAUUGUAUUCGCUCAUAAAACGUAUGCUCCAAUUUCGGAAUUGAUAAAGAGCAACGAGACGAGUUUACCGCAUAAUUUAACUUAUGAAUACUUUAACACGGCUCCGAUUACCAUGCCCAAAAUCGGUAUGCUUAACAUGUACAAUCUAGGAGUUCAUUUACGAACGAUAUACGACGAAUUUCUCGGCGAGAUUUACAUGCAAGAAACGACGAAAAUGCAAACGGCCGAGUAUCCGUUGUCCAUAUUAGCUGGCCAAUUAGUGAAUGCGGGUCUCUGGCCUCCGGCGAAACAGCAAAGAUGGAACGCUGAUAUAAAUUGGCAACCGAUACCUAUAGAUUAUAUAGCAGCGCACGAAGAUACAUUGCUACUCGGGAUACAGUGUCCAAAUUUUAUUCUCGAGAUGGAGAAAGUGUUAAAUACGUCGCAUGCGCGAGAAAGAAUAUCGCAGCAUUUACCUUUGUUCGAUUAUAUAUCGAACUACACAGGGAUGAAUAUUCGACGACCAUCAGAAGUGGCUUUGCUCUAUUCCGUUCUCGAAACGAAGGCCGAUUUAAAUCAACCGCUUCCAUAUUGGGCACGAGAUAUCUUUCCCAAUGGGGGAAUGUAUAACGUGUCGUUGCUCGAAUACGAUCUCCUUUGGGAAACUCCUUUACAGAAGAAAUUAAAUGGCGGGGCAAUCGUAAGAGAGAUUUUAGUGAAUUUGUUGAUGUACAUCAAGGGAGACAUACCGAGGAAACGAAAGCUCAUGAUGUUCAGCGGAAACGAAAGAAAUGUCGUGAGCGUUUUGAAAAGUUUAAAUUUGUGGUCGCCGCAUAUUCCAAACGAGGCAGCAUCCGUGAUUUUUGAACUUUAUUUUGACAAUGAAACGGAAAGUCAUGGUGUGAAGAUUAACUAUUACACAGGAGUAGAUGGUAUCACUAUUCCUUUGAAAAUACCAAAUUGCACCGAAAUAUGCCCAAUUAGGACAUUUUUAUAUUCAUUAAUAGAUAUUUUACCCGAGAACACCCAACGAUUGUGUCAUUGUGGAAAGAUUGAUCUUUCUGAUCAAAGUGUAAUAUCCAAUGAUAUCAUUUAUAGUAGUAGAUCUGUUUCCCAUAGGUUACAAAGUAUUAUGCAUCUAUCUAUUUUGUUAGUAAUUACAUUAUUCGUAUAA